CACCGAUUUCCCCAACUUCAUCACCGCCCAGUCCCCGGACCGUUGUUACGCCGCGUCCUCUUGGUCUCCUUCUAAAGCUCCGGGUUCCCCCACACAAUCCAGGCUCCACCCGCGCGCUGUCAACCUUCUCCCACCACCACCGCAAGCAAGCCUUAUAUGGCCGCUCGCGACAUCCAGAAGCAUUUUAGCGGUUUGCGAGUACAGACGGCACGUCGACGUGGUCGAGAUCCCUUUGCGACCGGCUUCGAGGAUGAUAGCGACGAGCCAGACCGCCAAAGCAGACCAAAAACCAAGGCGCCGCCCGUCUCCAAACCCCCACCCGCGACCACCAAGCCCAGACUGCCGGCAGCAUCCUCACCCUUCGCCGCCCUCGACGCCCUGCAAGACAGCGACGAUGACUUUCUAGACGUGCCAACAAAGAAACGAGCCGAUCGCCGGCCUAGCCCUGCACCGGCGACAUUGCCCUCGCUGCGCGUGACCGACGGAGCUGGCCGCCGGGGUUCCCUCCCAGGGUACCUCCCACCCACGAGAAAGGCGGCCACUGCGCUCGCUGUAGGUCAGUUGGCAUACCUCGACGACACCACCGACGACGAAGCUCUUGCACCGCGUUCACGUACCACGCGCCGCCGUCGCAGUCCCGCUCCGCGCGGCUCAGCCGACCUGGACACCGGCCGAACAGAUUCACCACGAGGUGACCGACCGCCCAGAGAACAACCGUCUCCGAAACAAGUUCCCGUUGUUCCGACUCACACUGUUGCCUCGCCCUUUGCCGGCACUAAAUACUUGCAGGAUAGCGAGACCGAUACCGACGAAGAAGCCGUCAGCUCCCGCAAGGGCAGCACCGAGGACGCUCUCCUGAUAGAUACGCCCGCAUCACCGAACAAACACCACGAGGUGCCGCGAGUCGACAAGCAGAAACAAAAUGGCGGGGGCAUCUCCUGGCGCGCAUUUUCAGCAGGACGAGCAGAACAGCGAGAAGCAGAGGUCGAAGCGCUCGCAGUCAAUCUUCAGAAACGAGGAAGAUCCAUAUCAUUCUGUCCGGUCGUCACGACCGACGAUGGGCGGAGAGUCCCUCUCGCAGCAAGAACUGGCAUGUUCUCCGGCCGAGGCAAGGGCAGGCCAAAUCAGCGAACAAAGUCGCCGCCCAGGAGGGAGGAGGACGUCAAGCCAACGGACGACGAGAUGGCUGAUCGGGGACCAGUCAGAGGACUCGACGGAAUCGACAGCAAGAUCGGCUUCACGGCCGAUACAUUCGCAGUCACGCCCUUCCGACGGUCGCAGAGCGAUGGCGACAACGGCGGCAACGUCAAACGACCUGGACUCAUUACUGACUGCCUCCCUGACAUCCGGGUCGACGAUGUCGCCUACUCUUGAGGAUGGAAUUCAGACGCCCAUAUCGCCGUCGAGUUACAAUCGGCUGACCGAGUCGAUGGAGUCUAUCGCACUCAAGCUGGCAGUUUCACCUCAGACCAUACCAGAGACAUCGAGCAUCGACCAUUCCAUAUCGCCAGUCAUGUCGGGAGGGGACAAUUCGGUGAUCGAUCCACUCAGCAGAAACUCCAGUACGAGAUCCAUGCGACUGCCACGAACAAGCAGAGUAAGCCUGGCAGGCUCACGACGCUCUUCUCGGAGAUCGAUGUCAGGCGCCACAUCUGCAAGCCCAGCGCAUGCGUUUUUGUCGAGCUGGGCCCGAGCAGACGCAGAAGCGGCUCCAGAGCCGAAGCCCGACGAUGAAGGACAAUCUAUAGGCCUUGAGAACGAAUUCGUUAUUGGACGCACGAUUAGCAAGGGUGGGUUCGGAGUGGUGAAGGAAGUUCACUCAUUCGAUGUCCGUGGUGAACGAAUAAUCCGCGCCGUCAAGAUUGUUCACAAGUCAUUGACCGGCGCUAGCGAUGCUGAGAAUGAAAAGGUGCAGCUGGAGAUAGAGCAUGAAGUGUCUAUCUGGCGCUAUCUCCAACAUCGGCACAUUCUUAGCUUGCAUGCCGUCUACGAAACCGAGUACGCCACAUUCUGCGUGAUGGAUCUGAAUAUCGGAGGAACAUUGUUUGACCUCGUACGCAAGGCGAGACAGGAAGCCGCUAACAACGACGGACGAAGAGGACUGCCACCCCAUCUUGCCAAGAGCUAUUCCUACCAACUAGCAUCUGCAUUGAGAUAUCUGCACGAAGACAUUCGAGUCUGCCAUCGCGAUGUGAAGCUCGAAAAUUGCCUAGUCGAUACCUCUUCUCCAGAUUCCAGCAUUGAAGGUGGCAAUCUCCGACUUUGCGACUUUGGCCUCGCAGAUUUCCUCCACAACGACCAGAGCAACGCCGACGACCCUUUCGAAGAACGCUACAGGGAGCAAUUAUCCUUAUCUACGGAACUACCCGUCAUCACCGCGUCCUCCAUCAUCGGUACGCUCGAGUACGCCUCUCCGAAAGGCCUCUCGGUCCACCGCAAACUCUUCGAAACCGCAGGCGACGUCUGGGCCUUUGGUGUCAUUGUCUACGCUCUCUGCACUGGCGACCUUCCCUUCCGCCAUGCCAUGCCCAGCAAAACCGCCGAACUCAUCCUCCGCGCCGACUGGGACGAAGCGGCUCUUAGAAGCGCAGCCGCUGGUGGACCGGAGGUUAUCGACUUGGUCAAAGGGUGUUUGGAGAGGGAAAUCGAGGACCGCUUUACGAUCGCGGAUGCGUUGAGGAGUGGGUGGUUCGACGCGUGUCGGGAGGAGGACGAGGAGAACGAGUCGAGAGGAGUGUGGCAGUGA